UCUGGGCAGUCACCAGGCCUUUGGUGGUGCUGUCUCCUCCCGCGCUCACCAUGCAACCGGGUGAACUGCAUAGAAAGCGGGCGCUGAGGCGAGGAACCCCAGCGUGAGCAAGCAAUCCACCUCAGGACUUCCCCAGUGCAGCCAGCGGUAGAGAGGAGCCGGCAUACAGCUUCACUGCCUGCCCAAGCCCUGUCCCCGCGCUAAGCCCGCACGGCCCCCUUGGUCGGAUCAAACUCUGGGUGCACAAGUCUGCGCUGCACAAGUUCUUCGGAGGGAGCUGGGCUCUCCCCAGGCUGGCAUUUGUGGGGCGCUCUUCAGCCUUACCACGGUCACCCAGAGCACCGCAGGGGCGCCGCCGCCGUGUUAAGCAGCUUGCCUCAUUCUCCACUCUGUAUUUCACUUCCUCCAUCUCACUUCAGUCGUGCCUGCACCGGUUGCCUUGUGUGGGCGGCAGAGCCUCUGCGGCCUCCUAUAGGGCCACGUUCUCGGACCUGCGUCCAGCUCUAAGGCAAGCUUCUCUACUGGAGUGGGGUCAGUAAGGUGCCACCAGGAGCCUGACCGCGGAGCUCAGUAACCCGGGGGACGUCUUGGUCUGGUGCCUAGGCCUUGUUGGAGCAUUUUAGGGAUGGCUUAACAGCCCUGCCUACCUGAUCCACUACUCUCAUCCAGUCUUUUGUGCGGCGACACGCCCCCACCCUUGCGGGAACCCGGGCUGUGGGCGGUGGGAGGACGGGAGCCGGAACGCAAGCUCCCUGUCCCCGCUGUCCGCGCGAAACGGCAUCUCGGAAACAAAGGAAACCUACUCAGAGCCGCUGUGAACUCAGAAGAGGCUCCGCUCUUGCUUCCCACGGAUCCACUACCCUUACCCAACCUUUCCGGAAGCUUUGCCAGCGUAUACACAUGAGGGUAUCAAGCUGGAGAGACCAUUAAUCCCCGAGAAAGGAAACACGGCGGAGAAACAGCAAAGCUGGAAGUCUGGAAGCGGCCUUAGCAGGAGUGUAGGGUCUGGAGUAGGCUAAGGGGUCCUGGUCCCCUGGCUUCAGCACCGGAAGGGAUGGACAGCGUCUCCCAGCUGCGCGGCUGCCUGGGAGACCCUACCGUGUUGCUGCUGCUGCCUCUGCUGCUGUCCUCCCUGCCACAGUCAUCCACAAGAGCUCUUAGCAGCUAAAAGGCGGUGCCUUCAGUCCCCUUCCUUGAUGGACGAAAACCAGCCCUCUUCAUCCUCUGCCACUCAUAUCAACCUGACUCCACGGAGUUAAACUCUAGGCAGCAACUUCAAAAAUAAUUUUCUAUACGGGACUCGGGGGGAAUGCAGGCAGAAGAGUGGAGUCGAAGUUCUUAGAAGCACCAGGGAACCAUGGGCGCUGCGGUAGGAAUUGAAAUUCUCAAAGGCCCGCAGUUUUUAAAAUAAGAACGUCCCUGAGUGGAUUGCAGCUGUUGUGGAGAUAGCUUUGUGAGAGGUCAGAGAUACUAAAUCCCAACAUUAGAGAAGCUGAAAGGACGUCAAUACCUCUGUUCAGCAGCCACCCUCUACAAACCACCACUGAGCUUUCAGCUAAGUGAUGCUAGUGAUGGGAGGAGCUUUUUGUGGUUUUUAGAUGACUGAAUCUUAAUAAGAUCUAGCAGCGAGUGCUCCUACUGCUGUAUGAACAAGAGUCACCCUGGGUUCCUGCAGCCAAGACCACAUCCUUCACAGUGCCACAGCACAUGGAUUUCAGAACUGCCUGUGAGGAGACAAAGACAGGUGUUUGCUUGCUACAAGAUGGUAAUCAAGAACCUUUUAAAGUCCGGCUACACCUUGGCAGAGACCUGCUGAUGCUACAGGAGCAGGAUGUGCUGUGUGUGUCUGGUGAGCCUUUCUAUUCUGGUGAAAGAACAGUGACCAUCAGAAGACAAACAGUAGGAGGAUUCGGAUUAAGCAUAAAGGGAGGUGCAGAACAUAACAUCCCGGUUGUCGUUUCCAAAAUCUCCAAGGAGCAAAGAGCAGAGCUGUCUGGACUGCUUUUCAUUGGGGAUGCAAUUUUACAGAUAAAUGGAAUUAAUGUGAGGAAAUGCAGACACGAAGAGGUGGUUCAGGUUCUUCGGAAUGCUGGGGAGGAAGUGACCCUGACAGUGUCAUUUUUAAAACGAGCACCUGCUUUCCUCAAACUCCCACUAAAUGAAGACUGUGCAUGUGCUCCAAGUGACCAAAGCAGUGGUACCUCCUCUCCUCUUUGUGACAGUGGCUUACACCUCAACUACCAUCCAAACAACACAGACACACUUUCCUGCUCUUCGUGGCCCACAUCUCCAGGCCUGCGGUGGGAGAAGCGGUGGUGUGACCUCAGGCUCAUUCCCCUACUUCAUGCCCGCUUCUCCCAGUAUGUGCCAGGGACUGACCUGAGCCGGCAGAAUGCUUUCCAAGUUGUUGCUGUAGAUGGAGUCUGCAGUGGAAUUCUUCAGUGUCUCUCUGCUGAAGACUGCAUGGAUUGGCUCCAAGCAAUAGCAGCUAACAUUUCAAACCUCACAAAGCACAAUAUCAAAAAAAUCAACAGAAAUUUCCCUGUAAACCAGCAGAUAGUCUACAUGGGCUGGUGUGAAGCUCGGGAGCAGGAUUCCCUCCAGGACCGUGUGUACACACCUGUGUUUCUUGCCCUGAGAGGCUCCUGUCUUUACAGGUUCCUGUCACCUCCAGUGACAACCUGGGACUGGACUCGAGCAGAGAAAACCUUCUCCGUAUGUGAGAUCAUGUGCAAGGUUCUCAAGGACAGUGACCUGCUGGAUCGACGGAAACAUUGCUUCACUAUGCAGUCUGAGUGUGGGGAGGACCUCUACUUCUCUGUGGAGUUAGAGAGUGACCUUGUCCAAUGGGAACGAGCCUUCCAAACAGCCACCUUCCUCGAAGUGGAGCGCAUACAGUGCAAGACCUAUGCAUGUGUGUUGGAGAGUCACCUAAUGGGCCUCACUAUUGACUUCAGCACAGGCUUCAUCUGCUUUGAUGCAGCAACAAAGGCUGUACUUUGGAGGUAUAAAUUUUCUCAGCUUAAAGGCUCAUCAGAUGAUGGCAAAAGCAAAAUCAAAUUUUUGUUUCAGAAUCCAGAUACGAAACAGAUUGAAGCAAAGGAGUUGGAAUUUUCAAAUUUAUUUGCUGUUCUUCACUGUAUUCAUUCAUUUUUUGCUGCCAAAGUAGCUUGUUUGGACCCUCUGUUCUUAGGUAAUCAGGCUGGUACUUCUGCUGCUGCCAGCUCUGCUUCUACAAGCAAGGCAAAGCACAUGGCUUGACAUGCUGAGCUCUGCCUGACAGCCUCCAGGGUCACUCUCUCCCUACUUCCACCCUGGAGAGAACAUGCUGUCACCAAGUCAACCAUGGAGUCAAAGUGCAGUUCCAGCAACAGAAAGGUCAGGGGGCAUCUGCAAAUGACCCUGGAAGAGCAGAGCAACCUCUUUGUUCUCCACUGAUCUCUAUCAGGAUACAGCUGUCACCAUGUCUGGUGACAAAGGAAUGAUUGGUGUAAAGUAUGUAAAUAAUAUAAAAAUUGUAAGCUAUCUAUAAAUAAAAAUACCAAUUAAAUGGCUAUUUCUCUAUUUUAGAUGAUUUUAUAUGACAAAUACAUAUUGGGCCAGAUUAUGAAUCAAUGCCCUAUCAUUAUAUUAUGAGUGUAAAGAAGUUAAAAAAUAAAAGCAAGGCAAGUAGCAUGCAAAUCAAACAAACAACAAAACAAAAUAAAACAAAACAAAAUGAAAACAAAUGACCUCAAAGACAGAUGCACCUUAACUUACCCAUGUGAGUUACUUCCUAUAUUCUCAUCCCAUGGUUCCAUAUGAUCACUCCAGCUGUGUGUAUCUUACUGUAAAAUACUCUGUAGAAUUAAUAAAGACAAUUACAUUGGCCUGUGAAAACACUGCAAGAAAUGAAAUAUUUCUUCUUUGGUGAAUGUUACUAACAUGUUUUAUAUUAGAAAAUGGUAUUAAUCAUGAAUGUCACACUCUUCAUUUAAAUACAUUUCUUCUUUUUUGCCUAAUGAGAUUUAUGAACAAACUAAAUUUUAAUAAAUUUAAAUACCCCAAACCUCUUGCAGAAAAAAAUAUCAAUAAAUUCGGUGUAAGAAACAA